AUGAGGAGCACUAUUUAUCUCCGCCCGCCGCGGUUCCUCGUCGGCGGUCUAUUUACAGUCUCAUUAGCUUCUUCCGUAGCAAUUCGGGGGCUUCAAUCUGUUUCCGAAGCAAAGAGGAAGAAGCUUGCGAUUUCAUGUUCGUGUUGCAAAGGCAAAGGCUUCUACAGCUGCAAAUUGUGCAGAGGGAAUUCCACCAUAGAGUGGUCUCCGUUGUAUGAUCCAGUCGCCAUUAAUCCAUGCCUUUGCCCAACAUGUGAUGGGAACAGGAUACAGCGGUGUUUAAAUUGUCUGGGGAAGGGAUACACCUGAACAUUGAAGCAGUUAGGGUUUGGAUGUUUUCUGCUGAAAAAAUGUCAUCUUUUGAGCUCCUCUGUGACCAGGAUUUUGAGGGUUUUCUUAUAAGCUGCUGUAAUGGCAGACACUUAAUGAUUUGUUAUGGUGAUUACUGUGAUUUUUUAUAUGUUUAGUUGCCUAUUGACAUAAUUUAGGGAGUUUUCACAAUGGAAUUCGUUAGAUUUCGAGUGUAUUUAAUAGUUUUUUGGCGGCAAAAAUGCCUCCAUUGAGUCUAACUUGAUACCUCAAAGAUGGUAUUUUUCUUGCUUUGAUCAACUUUGAAAAAGCUUCACAUAAUGUCUUUUGAUCGG